GAUAAUAAUAAUGCUAACAGCAUGGGUACCCCAUUUUCAUCCAUCACCAUGCUCACUCCAACAACAACAACUUGGUACAUGCAAAGGCCACACCAAUUUACAACUUGGCAUAUUACUUUCAGGUUUCUUCUGGUUAGCCAUAGGCACAGGUGGAAUUAAUCCAUGCAGCAUUCCCUUCGCAAUCGACCAAUUUGAUAUGACAACAGUUGAAGGUAGACAAGGAACAAGAAGCUUCUACAAUUUCUACUAUGUUAUACAAACUGUGCUUCUUUUAAUCAAUGUGACACUCGUGGUUAAAAUCCAAGACUCUUUUAGUUGGACUCUUGGUUUUGCUUUGCCAUGUUUGUUUAUGGUCGUUGCUAUCGUGUUUUACUUUGCUGGUGCUAAAGUUUAUGCAUAUGUUGAGCCUGAGGGAAGUAUAUUUUCAAGGAUUGCUCAAGUUUUCGUUGCAGCUAAAUGCAAGCGUCAUGUUCAUAUUCCUGAUAAAGGGGACACAAGUGGUGUUUUCUAUGAUCCUCCAAUUGAGAAUAUGGAGCCAAAGUUUCCUCUCACAAAGGAGUUCAGGUGUUUAAACAAAGCAGCUAUUAUGGUGGAGAAUGAAUUGAAUGAUGAUGGUUCAAACAAUAAUCCUUGGAGACUUUGUAGCAUCCAACAAGUUGAAGAAUUAAAAUGCAUACUUAAAAUGAUGCCAAUAUGGGUAACAGGCAUCAUAACAUACAUUCCAACAGGUCAAUUAUCAAUCUUUCCAAUGUCACAAGCAAUGAAAAUGGACAAACACCUAACACAAAACUUUGAGAUACCACCUGGUUGGAUGAUUAUAGUAACAAUGCUAACAAUAGCUAUAGUCAUUCCAUUCUAUGAUAAAGUCAUUUCUCCAACACUUACCAAAAUGACCAACCAAGACGGAGGGUUAACAAACCUUCAAAGGAUUGGACUUGGACAUUUUUUCGCAAUUUUAACAAUGGUAAUUGCAGGGUUAGUCGAACAACGAAGAAGGGUUUCGUCGACUUCAUUAGGAGAAUCAUAUGAAAUUACACAAAUGUCAAUAAUGUGGUUAGUGCCUCAAUUUAUAACUCUUGGAUUCAAUCAAGCAUUUUCUAUUGUUGGACAUACUGAGUUUUUCAACAAGGAAUCUCCUGAUAAAAUGAGAAGUAUUGGUAAUUCUUUGCUUUCACUUCAAACAGCAGUUGCAAGUAAUUUAAGCACUUUCAUUGUGAACAUUAUUCAUAGUUUUAGUGGAAAACAAGGUGAACCUGAUUGGUUGGAUAGUGAUGUCAAUAAGGGAAAAUUGGAGUAUUUCUAUUUCAUUGUGGCUGGAUUGGGAGUGUUGAAUUUUGGUUGGUUCUUGUUUUGUGCUUGUCGUUAUAGAUACAAGACCUUUGUGAAAAUAGAGGACAUAAGAUAAGCAAGCUUUUGAAUUUUGGAAUGCUACAAAUAAAGAUGAAAGGAAUAAAUUUGAAUUGGAUUUGAACUUGAAGCACUUAUUUUGCAGCAUACAAUUUUUGUUUACUCCUGGUUUGGGUCGAUAUGACUCUACCCCAUGUUAUUUUAUCUCUUCAACUUACAAAGUCAAACUUAAAUUGU